AAAAAAAAAAAAAAAAAAAAAAGAAUGAAAAUUGAAUUGCAGUAUAAUCUUAAAAUUUUUGAGAAAUCUACGUUUUUCAGCUAAAAAGAGACAGACUCAGCCUUUUGACCUUUCUUCUUUCCCUCCUUGGAAGGCAAUCCAAGGCCUGGAAAAACAGCAGCCACAUUGUAACCAAAAGAAUAAAAACAUGGCUAAGGAAGUAUCAGGAAACUGAAAAGAACUCUGGACUGCCUUCCUCUGCACGUUUUAAGUGACAAAAAUGAAAUCUCUAUUUCUUUAAGUCACUGAAUCAGAUUUAUUCUUUCUGUGGCUACAAGUAGCCCUAAAUGAUGUAUUAAAUACUAAAAUAAAUACUAAAAUACACACCAAAAUACUAACAUUUUGGUCUUGAACUGCUGAUCUCAGGUGAUACACCCAUCUCAGCCUACCAAGGUGCUGGGUUUACAGGCAUGAGCCAUCACACCCACCUCAAAAGCUUUGUGUUUUUAAAUAUAUUAGACAUGUCUCUAGUUUCAAAAAAAAAAAAACCCUUAAUAAUGUAGGAGAAUAAGAGAAACUUUUUCCAAAAAAGAGAAAUUAUUGUGAUUAUUUUACCUUAUUGGAAUGUUGGAUAACAUAGUCAGCUUUAUUAAUCAUCAAGCAUGCUGUAAAUUUUCCAUUAUAAUAGGAUUUGUACCUCAAUUAAGGUGAUAAAGUUUUAAAGCUCAGAAAGUGAAAGCCAGCCCCACCCCUCUCCUAGAGUGGGUGGGGACAGCAGUUGCAUGGGCGCCUUUCCUUGUGACAUCACAGGACCUUCAUGACACGUGGCUGCUUGACCCCGCCUCCUUUCCCUUUCAUCUUUCUCAUUGACCAAUGGGCUUGGAGCAUUAAGGCCACACCCCUAUUCUGCAUUCUAGUGCAGCCCUGGUGACGCCUCCUCUGGCUCAGUCACACAGCUGCGUGGUACGUGACUGGAGGCAUAUCACUGCCUUUGCCUGGAUCACGCCAAUGUGGCCCCAACCCCACCUCCCUCCCCUCCCCAUGAUGUCAGAAAAAAACCAACAGAGCAAAUUGCCUGAGGCCAAGGAACAGUUUACAGAUGAUCAUCAGUGGAACAGUGCUGGUGCUGGUACCGGAGCAACCGACAGCAAACAGAAGAAAAUAAAUAAUGGCACUAACCCUGAGAAAACCACUUCUGGUGGUUACCAUUCACCUGAGGAUAAACAACAGAACCGAGCUCAGCUGAAAGAAGAAAAGCAGGAAAGCCACCAAUAUCAGCAAGCCCUAAGGAGGCAGCUAGAGGCCCAGGAUCAUACCAUACGAAUCCUUAUGUGUCAGAAAACUGAACUGGAGACAGCGCUCUAUUACAGCCAGGAUGCUGCUAGGAAAUUUGAAGAAGAAUCCAAGGAUCUGGCAGGAUGCCUGCAUCAUUCCUGGAACUUUGCAAGAGAGUUACAGCGGGCUCUCUCUGCUGUGUCCACACAGCACAAGAAGGCGGACAGGUAUAUCAAGGAGUUAACAAAGGAGAGGGACGCUUUGAGUCUGGAGCUGUACAGGAACACCAUAACCAAUGAGGAGCUGAAGGAGAAAAAUGCCGAACUACAAGAAAAACUUCGACUUGUAGAAACUGAAAAGUCUGAGAUCCAGCUCCACAUCAAGGAGCUAAAAAGGAAACUGGAGACAGGCAAAAUCCUGCUGCCACAGGUUCAAACCAACACUUUGCAGGAGGAGAAGAUGUGGAAUCAGGAGGAGGAGCUACGGGAUCAGAAGGAGAAGCUACGGAAGCAGGAGGAGAAGAUGUGGAGACAGGAGCAGAGGCUGCGGAAGCAGGAGAAGGAGCUGCGCGAGCUGGAGGAGCAGAUGCGGAAGAAGGAGGAGCAGAUGUGGGAGCAGGAUAAGCAGAUGCGGAAGCAGGAGGAGCAUAUGUGCGACCUGGAGGGGCAGAUGCGGAAGCAGGUGGAGGAGAUGCAGAAGAAGGAGGAGCAGAUGAUGAAGCAGGAGGAACAGAUGUGGGAGCAGGAGAAGCAGAUGAUGAAGCAGGAGGAGCAUAUGUGUGACCUGGAGGGGCAGAUGCGGAAGCAGGAGGAGGAGAUGCGGAAGCAGGAGGAGCAGAUGAUGAAGCAGGAGGAGCAUAUGCGCGACCUGGAGGGGCAGAUGCGGAAGCAGGAGGAGGAGAUGCGGAAGCAGGAGGAGCAGAUGCGGAAGCAGGAGGAGCAGAUGCGGAAGCAGGAGGAGCGGAUGCGGAAGCAGGAGGAGCAGAUGCAGAAGCAGGAGGAACAGAUGCAGGAGCAGGAGGAGCAGAUGCGGAAGCAGGAGGAGCAGAUGCAGGAGAAGGAGGAGCAGAUGCGGAAGCAGGAGCAGAUGCGGAAGCAGGAGGAGCAGAUGUGUGAGCUGGAGGAGCAAAUGCGGAUGCAGGAGGAGCAGAUGAGGGAGCAGGACGAGAGGCUGCGAUUUAAGGAGGAGAGGCUGUGGGAUCAGGAUGAGAAGAUGCAGGAGGAGGAGGAGAAGAUGCGGGGGCAGGUGGAGGAGAAGAUGCGGGGGCAGGUGGAGAAGAUGCGGGAGAAGGAGAGGACGGGAGAGCAGAAGAUGCAGGAAGAGCGGUGCUCAGAGCCCUGCCUCCCUCCCUCCGAAGAUCUGUAUGAUACGAGCCACCCUGGCAGCGUGAAGCCUGCACGAGAGGCCACGGAGGGUUCUCCUGAUGACAAUUGCACUGCACAGAUCAUGCAGCUGCUUGGUGGAAGGAAGAAUGCCCAGGAGUGCCCAGUCUUAGGCAGCACCUCCUGCAUCCCAUUCUUCUACCGAGGAGAUAAGAAAAAGAUCAAGAUCAUCAGUAUCUAAAAGCCGGCACUGUCAACAAGGCCUACAGAAGUGUAAGCCGCCACGUGACCUUGUGAAUAUCGUCUGAGAACAAACUUGAAAAAAGAAAAUUUAUUUUAAAUUGUGGCAAAAUACUGGCCGGGCACGGUGGCCUGCACCUGUAAUCACAGCACUUUGGGAGGCCUAGGCGGGGGGAUCACCAAUCCCAGCUACGUGGGAGGCUGAGGUUGCAGUGAGCCGAGAUCACACCACUGCACUCCUCUCUGGCUGACAGAGUGAAACUCCCAUCUCAAAAAAAAAAAAAAAAAAAAAAAAAAUUUCUACUUGAGGACUCUAAUAUCUAUGUAUGCUUCUAUUUUUUUUUUUUCUUGGUCUUUCUCGUUUAGUCUUGUGUUGUCUUGUCUUAUGGCAUGCCUAGUAAACUUUUAUCUGCCUCCAGAGAGUAUUGACUUUGACUUUAUGGCACACAAUUGGCGUUCAAGCAGAUCACCUUCAUCUAGUUUGGGACUAAGCUGGCUCAAAGCAGGUUUUAGUUUUUGUGACAGCUGGUCUAUUUUUUAUUCUUUUGGAUUCUUAGGGGUGGCCCUUCCAGGAUCC